AUGACAAAACCUAAAGAGACAAAUUGCCAUAUGAGUUGUGGACAACCUGACCCAUUCUGUCGAGCUCAACUAAUAAGAAAUAAGAGAACAGCAGAACAACAACAAAUACGAUCUCGAGAAAUUUUAACAGAAGAUAAUAAUUCUAGUGGAAAUCCAAAAAUAGAUGAAUUCAUUCAUUUCACGAAAAUUAAUUCAAAAUAUUGUGAUGAUUUUAUAGAAUGGAUAAAUAAUAACACUUUUAAGAAUAUUAGAUUUAUUUGUGAAGGAGGAUUUUCUCGAAUUUAUUCUGCUGAGUUGAAUUAUAACGAUAAUAAUACAAAAGUAAUACUUAAAGUUUUAAAAGAUUUUCGAAAUUUCGGAGAACAACAUCUUAAAGAACCCAGUAAUAAUGUAUUCAAUGGAUUGGAUUAUAUUAUGAUAAUGAAAGAGGCAAAAUUUAAUGUUAAAUUUGAUUGGAAUGAUAAAAUUACUUUACUUUUGGCUCUUUCCAAAUUAUUAAAGUCUCUACAUGAAAUGGAUGUAUUACAUAAAGAUUUUCAUUGUAAAAAUAUAUUUGUAGAUUCUGUAGAUAAAAUUUAUAUUGGUGACUUUGGUUUAUCUUGUUUUGGAAAAGAUUCGAAAGAAGAAAUUUUUGAAAUGUUGUUAAAAGAUCCAGUAAAUAAUGCCUCUUUAUGUUUAUCUCGAGGAAUAAAUUUUAAUUCAAAUUCAUAUGUGACUAAACAAUAUGAGUUAUCACUUGGCAUUAAUGAUAUUAUUUAUAAUCAAGAAAAUCCAAAGAUCACUAUUGAACCUCAAAAUAUCGAUGAUUCUGCAAAUUCUGAUAUUAUCACUGCCCUUCACCUUUUCGAUAAUGAAGAAGAAAUUCUUAAUGUCGAAAGUAGUAUGAAUGCUAGGUCUUCGGUGAGAAAUUUUCAAGAAAUUAAAGAAAUUAUAAAUCAAUUAGCUCAUGCUAAUCAAAUUGAUCAAAAUUUAUUAUUACACAAAAUUAUUUAUUUAAUGGAAAAACCUGAUAUUUAUUCAGAUGAUGACGUUACUACAAAAAUGCUACAAAAAUUCGUAAUCCAAUCUGCCCUUUACCUUGGUAACCACGAAAUUAAGGCAUGUAAUGAAGCUACUGCUGAAUUGGAAUUACUUCUACGGGCCAUGUCUUCCCUAGUUCAUUUGGCUUCAAAAGUAUCAAUAUUAGAAACAUCUAUUCGCGGCCAGUUAUAUGAUAGUGUUGCUAAAUUUUGGAAU